AUGGGAGACAUGGUGCCUGUAAGCCUGUCAGAGCCAGGGGACACGGGGAACAAGUCAGGCAGUGAUUUAGUCAUUAACCUUCGGGGAGAUGACAGCGUUAACCAGGAGUGGACAGAGGUUAUUGCAUCACAAUACACUGCGAGAGAGCUGCUGGGACAAGGAAACUUCAGCUAUGUGUACGCUGGAGUUCGUAAUGUGGAUUGGAAACAGGUUGCUAUUAAGUGUGUGGCCAAGACGGUCUACAGCAAAAACAUCACCAUUCCGGGUGGGACGCAAACUCUGCCCCUGGAGGUAGCCUUGAUGCAGAUGCUGUCCGUGCCACCUCGCUCCAGGAAUGUGGUGGAGCUGCUAGAAUGGUUUGACCUGUCCGAUUGGGUCGUCUUGGUUCUGGAGCGACCCAGUCCCUGCAGUGACCUGCAAGAGUUUUGUAUAUGUAACAACAGUCUACUGUCUGAAUCAAUGGUUCGAAACAUAAUGUGGCAGGUGGUUCAGGCGGCUCGUCACUGCUGUAACCAUGGUGUUUUUCACAGAGACAUCAGGCCUGAGAACAUUCUGAUCAACACUGACACAAUGGUAGUGAAGUUGAUCGACUUUGGCAAUGGGGACUUGUUAAAGGACUCCCCCUACAGGACAUUUGCGGGAACGCCACCAUAUUGUCCUCCCGAGUGGCUCCAUGAGGGAAAGUAUCUGGGACGUCCUUCUACUGUCUGGAGUCUGGGUGUGCUCCUGUUCUACUUGGUCUGUGGACAUCUGCCCUUUAUGAACAGUGAUCAAAUUAUAAAUGGGAUUAUACCUAUAUGUCAUCAUGUGUCUAAAGAAUGCUCUGAUCUGAUAUCAUUGUGCCUGAAAAAAGACCCUCGCUCUCGGCCGUCGUUCGAGGACAUCAUCAGACACAAGUGGUUUACAAUGCAGCUUUAGGAAGUCCAGUAAUACUUCCCUGGUGGUCCUGAUUUGGAGCUGUCUAGAGAUUACACCAUCUAAUAACUUGAUAUCCAAAUAAAAAGACAAUCACCUUCAGGCAACCUUGGAUAGUGUUGCCUUUUUGUGGCCCUCCUCGUCCUCUUUAUAUCGAGCACCAACCAUGAUAUCAAGUCAGAUAUAUUUCCUAUUCCCAGCAUGUUGGAGGACGAUUGCACAUUCUAGAUCCUGAAUUAAGCUGAGACACAGGGAGGACAAUGAAGGUUAAUGUCAGUAGACCUUACCACCUUCUCCUUCCUGUAGGACAAGGACCAGGCUAAAGUUUGUUUUUAUGUAUAUGUUGUAUAUUAUGUAUAUAUGUACAUGUAUGUAUACAAAUGUUUCCAGUGUUAAAUUUCUAAAAAUUCUAGGCCUGUUGGAAUUUUACAUGUAAGUAAAUCAUGUGGCCUCAAUAUUAAGUUUGUACUAAAAACAACUGCUGAAGAAAAUCUUUGUUCUUUUAUUUCAUUUUAAUAUUUAUUUAUUUAUUUAUUUAUUUAUUUAUUUAUUUAUUUAUUUAAUCCAUAUGAACAUUAAGAGACUCUCUGGGUGCAGUGAUACACCUUAACUAUAUAAACCUUUGAAUAUACAGAAAAAGAUGUAAUUUUAUUCAUGAGAAAAGAAAAAUAGUAAAAUGUUUUAUUUUUAUUUUAAAUGUUUUUAUUAUUUUGAAAGUUUCAUAUCCAUAAAUGUAAAUUGGCCUGAAAAGAAACCAAACAUUUUUCAUUUUAAGCUGGAAAUAAAAACUUAUUUUAAAAUUUU